AUGAACGGCUUUAUCCCUCUCACGAUGAGCCCCAGCGACAGUGCCACGGCCAAACUCUCCGGCACCUGUGGCUGCACUGCCGCCAGCGACAUCCGAAGCAACAGUUACAACGGCAGCUCCGUCCAGAACAGCCACAGAGCUACCCAGACCAUCAGCAAUGGCACCAGCAACCACAGCGCCACGCAGACCAACGGCCACAUCUCGGACAUGGUGUCCCGCUUCCACUCAAGCGCCCUGGCCGCCACCGAGCCCAUCGCGGACAACAGCCACGUCAGUUCCGGGGGCAUGCGUGGUCUCUGGACCAAGCCGAUCACGGUCGAGAGCCUGACCGCCGAGCUCGAAGAGGAGAGGCGCAAGCACCGUGAGGCAGAGCAGACGGUCCGAGGACUUUGGGAGGAGCUCAUCGAGAGCAAGGUGGAGGCCAGCCAAGCGAAGAAGGAGCUGUUCAAGGCGCAGAUGGCCCUGUCAGACUACGAGAAGAAGGACUCGGCGAGUCAAGAGGAUGCUUGA